AUGGGAGUUUAUAAUUUAUGGAAAUUAUUGGCGGCAGCAGGAAGGAAUGUAGAAAUUACAUCUUUAAGAGGUUUAAGAGUAGCUAUAGAUGUCAGUAUAUGGAUGAUAAAGUUAUUACAUGGAAUGUCUAAUGCAGGAGUAAAUUAUGAUAAUGUUCAUUUGAUUGGUAUUUUAAAAAGAAUAAUGUUUUUAUUGGAAAAUGGUAUAAAACCAGUAUUUGUAUUUGAUGGACCUGCUCCAGAAUUAAAGAGAUAAACAUUAAUUAAAAGAGCUUAAUAAAGAUAACAAUACAAUAUCAAUUUAUAAAAAUUAGCAGAAAAGUAUGUUGUAAAAUUAAUAGAAAAAGGAUAUGAUAUAACAUAAUAAAAUAAUUAAGAAUUGAUUGAAGAAAUAGUAUUUGAAGAUGAAUCUGAAUCUCAAUUACCACCAGAAGAAUAAGAAAUUAUAGAUUAAUAAAAUCAUGAUAUACUCAAUCUAUAAUUUGCUUAUUUGAAAGGAACUAUUGAAGGAUUUCAUAAUUUUGAUUUAUAAACUAAAGAAGAAAUCAUAGAGUAAUUAAUUGAAGAAAGAUAAGGAUAAUAUGCUGAUGAUCAAAAUUUUUCACUUAAAAGAUUUUUAAUGGAAGCAGAUUAAAAGGAGAAAAUUAAAUAAAUAAGAAUAGAAGCUGUUAAAUAAAUAGAAACACUUAGAGUUGAAAAAAUAUUAGAAUAAUAUAAUGAUAAAGAAAGUGAAUUAUUAAGAGAAUAUUUAAAUAAUAAUCAAGAUUUAAUAAUUAAAAUGGGAUAAUUUGGAGUGAAUAAUAUUUAUGUUUAUUUAUAAGAUUAAGAAAAAAGAUAAGAAUUAGUUAAAAUGUUAUAUGGAUAAAAAAAGAAACCAAAAAGAAAAUUAAAAGAUUAUGAAAUUGAAAAUGAACAUUUAAAAAAUAUAAGAGAAGCAUUAAGAAGAAGAUAUCAUGAGAAACUUAAUGAAGAAAUUAUACCUGAAACUCAAAAUUAAAUAGAAAAUUAAGAUGUUGAAGAUUUAAUGGAUAAAUAUGAUUGUUUUGAUUUAGAUUUAAUUGAAUAGAAAAUGGAUGAAGAAUAUAGAUAAUUAUAAUAAAUAAAAGAAGAUUCUAAUUCUUAAUAAAUUUAACCUUAUACUUAAAUAAAUAAUUAAGAAAAUAUAUAGAAUAUUUAGAAUAUCAUAUAAACUUAAUAAGAAGUAAUUAAUAAUUAAUAAGAUAAUUAAAAUAAUAUAAGUGAAAAAGAUGAUGAAACAAAUUCAAGUGAUAAUGAUUCAGAUAGUGAUAAUUUAUUUAUUAAUUAAAUCUAAAAUUAAUAAAUCUAAAAUUCAUCUAAUUUUAAUAGUAAUUCCAAAAUUAAUCAAGAAUCAAUCAAUUCAAAGAGUUUACCUAAAUAAUAUUCAUUAAAAGAAGAUCUUAACAAUAAGAAUAAUUUUCUAUCUUAAGAUAUUUAAUAAUAAUUUUUAGAUCUUAAUCCUAAAUAAUAAAAUGAGAUCUAAUAAAUUAAACCAAAAAUUUAAUAAAAUAAUAUAUAAAAUCCUAAUUAAAUAAUUACUGAUGAAUAAAUUGAUUUAUUAUUUACUUAAGCUGAUAAUAAUGGUGAAGAAUUGGAUGCUUAAGAAAUGAUAGAAAAUAUUAGAAAGAAUUAAAAUCUUUAAUCACUUGAUUCAACUACUAUGCAAUAAAAAUUUGAAGAUAUUAGAUUACUUUUAGCAUUAUUUGGAAUCCCUUGGAUUAUAGCUCCUGGUGAAGCUGAAGCCUAAUGUGCAUAUCUAUAAUAAAAUGGUUUAGUAGACUGUGUAAUUACAGAGGAUUCUGAUGUUUUUCUAUUUGGAGCUACUAAGGUACUUAAAGGUUUUUUUGAAUCUAAAAAUUCACUUGUUUAUUAUGAUACUUAGGUAUUAUGAUAUAUUUAUAUAUAGUAUAUAAAAGAAGAUCUAGGAUUAAAUAGAGAUUAAUUAAUUUAUUUGGCUCUAUUUUUAGGUAGUGAUUAUACAUUAGGUAUAAAAGGAGUAGGUAUAGUAAAUGCUAUGGAAAUUGUUGAAGUAUUUGACAAUAUAGAUGCAUUAAAAAGAUUUACAUCUUGGGCAUCUAAAGCUGAUAUAUUAUUAGAGAAUGCUUCAUCUCAUUAUGAAAAUAUACCUGAGAAAGAAAGAAUUUACAAAGAAUUUCAUAAAAAUUAUAAAAAAUAUUGGGAAUUACCAUCAGAUUUUCCUAAUAUUGAAGUAAUUAAUGAAUAUAAGAAACCAAGAGUAGAUGAAUCAUUAGAAUAAUUUACUUGGGGGAAACCAGCUGUAGAAAAGAUUAUUGAAUUUUGUUAAUAAUAAUUAAGAUAUUCUUAAGAGAGAAUAGAAGAAACCAUAAGUAAAAAAAUUGUUAUUAAUGAUAGAGAUUCCUUUUUAAAAGAUUAUCCAAAAAGAAGAUUAAACUAAAAUAACAGAUUUUUUUAGAGUAACAAGCAAAAUAGCUAUAAUUAAUAGUAGAAGAAUAAAUUAAGUUGUACUUAAUUUAAAUUAACCUGAUUAAUCAAGAUAAAAUGUUUAAGAAAAGAAAAAGAGAAAAAUGCUAUAAUAAAUUAAAAGAAUGCCUGAUAAAAGAAGAGAUGAUUCCUUUGAUUCUUCUAACAUAAAUCUAGAUUAAUUCAAAUUCAAAAAAUCGCUAAAAAAAAUAUGA